AUGGGAGCGAAGGGGGUUCUCCGGUUUACGACGGCUUACUUGAAUUUGAAUGAGGUUUUUUCUGGAAAUGGCGGACUGAGUACUUCUACUGGUGUUUUCACAGCGCCAGUUGGUGGGCUCUAUUCUUUCACGGUUACUGCACUUGCAGUUACUAACAAAGUUACAGGCAUAGCACUUCGGCGUAAUAGACACAAUCUCGCAUAUGCUAGUUCAACGGAUAAUCAAAUGUCAAUGACAAUUUCUACGGUUCUUCUUCUCAAAGCAAACGACAAGGUUGAUGUUUAUCUGGUACAAGGCAAAGUUAAUGGUGGAGCUGUUUUAAAUAAGGCUGCUGCAAUUCGAUUUACUGCUGUAGACUUCAAGUUGCUUUUUGGUUCUACUCAAAUUCCCGACAAAUGCGAUGAACUCCAGACUCAUUGA